UAUGACGUUACUAUGCCGUUCGAACCAAACGCUACUAAUUAACGACGCCUUCUACGGUCGCAAUCAUUCUGGAUAUGCUAAGGAAUGUAGGACUCCGAUGGAUCAUCAGUGCAGCAUGAAAGUCUGGUACAAGAUGAAUAAGAUGUGUACUGGACGACGAAAAUGCGAAAUAUUUGUGAAUCAACAUACGUUUAAACGAGAUCCAUGCGGAUAUAAGGAAUUUCUGCAAGUCUUUUACACUUGCGUCAACGAUUCUCAAAUUCAUAAGAAGUGUGAGGGUAUGGGUAGUCCGGCUCUAAUGAGAAAGGGGUACAUUCAGUCAUAUAACUAUCCCAACUCAUAUGGAACGGGUACGAAGUGUUAUUGGUUAAUAACCGUUCAAAAGAGACAGAGAAUUAGAAUAAUUAUACACGACUUUCUCGUAGGAGUAAAAAACGGUGGAAAAUGUAAUGAUUACAUGCAAAUUGUUGAUCGAACAACGAGAAAAAUAGUUUUUAAAGAUUGCGGGGAUUUAGGUAAAAACACAAUAAUAGUGUCCAACUACGAAGCGGAGAUUGUCUUUCAUUCUUCCCCUGAUUCAAUGCCACGACGAGGCUUCUUUAUAUCAUAUGAGGGCUUGGGACCCGGCUGCGAAGACUUGAUCGUGCCAGAGAAUGGUAAAGUGGAAUACCAGUUCGCUGAAGAGGGCAAAUUUAUUGCCAACGUUUCGUGCCAGAGCGGUUACUACUUAGACUUUGGUACACGUGUAACGUCUAUGAGAUUACGGUGUUCUGAAUCGCAGUGGAACCAAAGACCUCCUCGGGUAUGCUCUUUACCCAAUGCACCAACAAUUAACAGUGGCGUUUAUACGGCCGAAACGCCUACCCCCGGAGCAACACACGAUUUGAUGAGGAGUAGUUCUAUAAUCGGUAUAGCUCUUGGAGUGAUAUCGGCCAUGCUCCUAAUAUGCUUAUUACUAGUAUUGGCUUUGUACAUUCACAGAAGCUGUUUAACCGAUCGUUUAGAUAAACGCGAUGGUGUUAAAGACAUAACCAGCGUAAGCGGUGUACGAAAAGACCUUUUCUUAGUGUUUAAAGAAUAG